AUGGCAUCUGUUUCAACGGCUCCGGCGCCAGGGAUGCAUCAGAUUGAUCUAUCUAAACUAAACCUGCACCAGUUGGCUCAACUCAAACAACAAAUGGAUCAAGAGUUAAGUGUUUUCACAGAUUCAUUACAAACUCUCAAAAUAGCCCAAGGAAAAUUCGUGGAAUCUGGGGAAAGUGUGGAAAGAAUAACACCGGACACUAAAGGGAAGACUAUUUUGGUUCCAUUAACUAGCUCUAUGUACGUUCCCGGUGCAAUAUCAGAUACAGAUCAUGUUUUAAUUGAUGUUGGAACAGGCUAUUAUGCUCAAAAGGACAUUGAUGGAGCAAAAGAUUACUUCAAAAGAAAAGUUGCUUUUGUGACAGAGCAAAUGGAGAAAAUACAAGUGUUGGCAAUUGAAAAAUCGAAAGUAAGAGAUGCUAUUUGUAUGAUGAUUGAAAUGAAGAUGCAAGCUCAAUCUCAAACCCAGAAGCCGUCAGCUUCA